UCGUGUCAGUCUGGAUCACCUUGUUAUGUCUUUUAUUUACAUUAUCUCUGUUUUAAAAGAAGUCCUCGCGUUUGGUAUCGCUCCUUUUGGAAGGCCGCUACUUUUAGGAUUUGUUGACAAACAUGACAUUUUAUCGUUAUAUAUAAUAAUUUCAUAGGGUCGCUAACUUCAGGGGUUGUUACUGUCGCCGGGAACUUUACAGUGUUAUAAUGAUUUGCCCCCAAAACGAAUCUGAAAGGAGCGAGAAAAGUCCACGAGCCUCGCACUUUCCUGUCCUGCUCUUUUCCUCGUCAGUGCAAUGCGAGUUGAUACUAAGGGAUAAAUAAGAGAAAGUAAACACUUUUUUCUUUUCAGCUCAUUUCACGCAAACAGACUGAGUCUGUGUGACAUGAAAGUUAAUAAUAAUUGGACGUGUAUACGGCAACCGAAUUAACCGGCAGGUCGGGCACAUAUGAACGCAUGAAAUGAACUGUACCUCAAUGAGCUUGAAACAGUAGCUUGAUGUUUUGCAAGAUGGUGGAAUAAAUCAAAGUACUAAAUUAGUGUCAAGAAUAAGACUUGAAAUUAAGCGAUGCGUACAGAAUAACACUGUAUGGUUCUGUGACUUAACUUUGAAACAUUUUUUUUUCCCAUUAAGUUGGCGUGACAAAUUGAAUCACGAGCUUGAUGUUUGUGAACCUCUUGAGAGAAGGUUAAUCUUUAUCGGGACACUUAAUAAGGACAAAGAAGGAAGAAAUUUAAAUGGCCCUUAUUUAGUCAUUACGUUUCUAAGACUACAAAAAGAAGGCUACUAGGCAUACAUUUUGCAUUUGUUGAUUAAUUUUUUUAAAGAAGGCAACGACAAAAGCAAGAGCUGCGCGCGAUAACAGCUUAUAUAAUUGAUUGCCGUAAAGUCAAGCUCUAAAUGUGUUUAACCUCAUAAACGUCGGAAUGGCUUUUAGAUUUUAAAACUUAUAAACGACACAAGAAUCUGAUUAAAUAUUACAGAGCCUGUAUCGACAACUGAGCCGCCAACUCAGGGAAGUCUUUGAAUUACACUCCAGUGACAGAGUUCCUAUUUUGAAAAAUUCAAGACCAAAUGCAGAAUGUUCCCCGUUCGAUCUGACCUAUUUAUCUCCUCUUAGUCGUCUCAAAAGCACUAAAUUAUUGCUCAAUGUCGGUGAUUUUCCAAUUCCUCCAUCUUUGGUCUAAUACCUGUAUGACUCUCAAGAUCUCCAAAAACAUUAAGCUUGUGCCGUUAAAUUUACCUUGCCAACACUGAAGCAUUCCGUUUAUUCUGUACACAGCAAUAAAUUUUGAAAACUUGUACAUAUACACUUAUGUUAUUUGCCGGUGGAAGGUUCGUAUCGAUACAAACUUUGACGGGUUCUUGACUGCGGCCCGAGGCCAUUUCUUCUGACGUUUACAUACCGUAGCUUACAAAGUUUAAGGUGAACCAAAACCUAAAAUUUAUAGAGAGGAAAUUAUAGGAUCCAGGAUUCAGGAUUCACAGAAAUAGCUUUUCUUUUAUUUCGCUCAGGUUUGUAUUAUCGCGCGUUACAUGAAUUAGUGGUAGGCGUGAAGCUUGCGAGAUUUACUCGCUUUGCUUCAAAUCUGAUUUUGGAACGGUUAGUGAUGUAAUCCGUCGCGAAUAAUUGAGACACAUGCGCAAUGCUAUUACGGCUAAAGGAAGCGCUGAUAAGAGGUCUUGAGGUCUCGUUUGGUGUGUAACAACAUUAUUAUUUGGACUAACGCGCGCUGCAAGAAAUACUGACCAAGUACGAGCCUGCAUGGGAUCUAUGCAACUCCUUUAAUAAAAACUGAUGUCAAAUUUCGCUGUCAUAAAUACUGGUUGAGGUACAGGUUAGGAUGAGUCCGGGAAACUGCUAUUGAAUAGUAGUUGUCGGGCAUGCGCUGUGAAGCAAGUGCUAAUACUGGCAUGCGCACUAAAGCAAGGGCUAAUACUGGCACGUGCAAUAGAACAAGUGUUAAUACUGGCAUGCACAGUAAAGCAAGUGCUAACAUUGACAUGCGCAGUAAAGCAAGUGCUAAAACUAAUACAAGGUCAAAGUCGUUACAUUAGAAGAGCUGAAACAAGGAUAAAUCAGGACUGGUAUCAAGUUAACUAUCAGGAAACUUUCGACACCCGUCAAACAGUAUAAAAAAGGUUUGCUUGUGAAUCUGCAUCCAUUCUCAGUGGAGAAAGGUUCAAGUCCCCUGCCAUAAGAAGAACGAAGAACCGUCGCAUUUCUGUUACAAGAGAAAAAUGAAGUUCAAGGUCUUCCUUCUGUGCCUAGCCAUCCUUGUUGCUGCCACAUCAGCUGCGACUGUCUGUAAAUGUGAAGAGAAAAAGGAUACCGUGUCCAAGUACAAUGUGAAAAUGAAGGAUGGAAAUGAAGAGAUUGAUGAGGAAGUCGAAAUUGACACUGAAAAACAAACGGAGACCCUGAGUAUUCCAAAGACGAACUCGGGGAACGCAGGAGAUGUCAAGGUUGUCUUCGACUUUAAAAAGAACUUAACCAUGCAUCGACUUUCUGCUGCAAAAGCUUGUUUUCUGAGUGACUCUACUGAAGGUACGCCUAAACCUGAUGAGCUGCUCAAGGCGCUUGACGAGGAAAGUUCCUCCUCAACGCCAAAGAACGUGUCCGACAGUAGAUUUGAUGCUGUUUCGACCCUCACUGAUCGCUCGAUCCUUAGUGAUGAAAUGGCUGAUAUGUGUGCUAAGCUGCCCAUUUAUCGCAUCAAGAAGGCCCACACUCUGCGCGUGAAGCGUUAUCUAUAUUGCCGCUAUGGAUAUUAUUGCUACCGCAGUUGUUAUUGGUGUUACCCCGGCUGUAGACGUUGUUGCCACUAUAUAUGCUGCUGUUACUAAAACAGGCAUUGGAUGUUUGCGUAAAUAGAUCAGGUUGCCAUGCCAGUGACUGCCUCAUAUUUACUUUUUUGAAUGAUUUUUAAAAUGUUAAAUUGUAUAGCUGAUUUAAAAUGGACUUUGUUGAUUAACUUUAUACCACACUGUUAAAAUUGUUAUAUAUCUUUAUUACCACAAGGGCGCAGCUAGGGGGGUAAGGGUGGCGCUUGGGGUGCCCGUGAUCCCCACUUUUGUAAGCCAUUUUUUUUUAAGCAAACAACCUACAACAGGUGGCAUAAACGCCAUGACAAUCUGGUGAGUACCCUCACUUUGACACAGUGUUACCCCCUCCCCCGUUUGAGAAAUCUUGGCUGCGCCGUUGUACGUACCACCCCGUUGUUAUUGGUACCUCGCUUCUAAACCAUUGUGGCUACGAUUUAUGCUGUCGGAGUUGUUAAUAAGAGAGUAGGAAAUGGAAGGAGAGAUACCAUAAGUGAAAUGUAGAUCAAGCUAGUUGUCUCUGGCUAUCACAUUAUCUUUUUAUGACGGUUUUAAAAACGUCAAAUUGUUAAGGACUUUUAUAAUAUAACUGAGCUGCUACGCGCGCCCUUAUUGGUCGACAGCGUGUGUUUAGAUGAGAGUAUGUAAACACGGUUGUGACGUUUUAGAUUCGCGCGUAUUCUUGAGAAAUAUUUCAUAAAAACAACAGAGUAGUUUUUUUGUAGGUAUAUAGCCUCAUUUUAACAGUUGGGGGUUGGAAGAAUUCUCCAAAGUUAUGCGAACUCUAGAUGCACAUAACUGUCUCGAAUUUCGUGUUUAGGCAAAGCUACAUGUAAACAAGGAAAAAGUGUUCUAUUGCUUAAAUCUUUUUAUGAUGGUUUCAAAAAUGUGAAAUUGUUAAGUUAAUUUAAAAUGAACUUCUAUCUAAUUUGCUGAUGGGAUUUGUAACAAGGUAUUCUAAAAUCAACAUUAACUUUCAGAAGAUUGUUUUUUUUUUUUUUUUUUUGCAAUAUUUGUUUCCUUUGUUUGAAUAUUUGUUUCCUUUGUUUCCUUUGUUUCAGUGGCAUGCCUGUAAACUAGUUAGACUUAGUGCUUGUAUAUCUAAGUGUAUGACCACUUUAAAUAAGAUUUACAUUUUUUCUUUUUGCAAAGGAACUUUUUAGCAGCUAUUGGGAUUUUCAAUUUUCGAAAUUUUGAACGUUUCCUCCUUGGUAAUGUGGUUAUUAUGGGACAAGUAAAUUUUUAGAAAUAUGUUUUUGCUGUUUGAAACCACUUUUGUUUUUUCGGGGACACUUUUUCUUAUUUUAAGCAUUUUUUGAAACGCUCAAAGGAUUUUUUGGAGCAACUUUUCCGACGUAAUUUAUUCGCAAAAUCUGGAUUGAUCUAAUCGCUAUGACGUCAUUAAUUUUUAGAAGACAGGAUUUUUUGAUUAUUAUUAAUUAAUUAAUGUUCAACAUACUUAAUAUCAGUAGUUAUGAUCCAUGAAAUAUUUUCGCUCGCGCGCGAUCGGUCUAAACGCGUCACGUGACCGAAAACCGUGGAAUAUCCGAGAAU